UUCGAUCUAGAAGGCACUGCCAUAUUAUUUAAGGACAAAUUGAAAAUUAUUUGUUACUUGAUCCGAACUUCAAUGGAUAAACAAAAAAAGAAGAAAAUAGUCAAAAUUCAAGUAUAGGUUUUGUUUGGUUUACAAUUUCGGCUUCCCUUUUUGGCAAUAUGCUGCUCUAUGAAAGUAUUAUACGUUUGUUCUACCUGGUGGUGGGCUGUCUAUAUCCAGCUUUUGCUUCAUUUAAAAUCUUGAACGGCAAUGAUGAUAACAAAGAUACCUCAAAGUCUAUUGAAGUUCAACGCAAAUGGCUUUCUUAUUGGAUCGUUUAUGGAAUUUACAUAACCAUUGAUUUCUUCCUCCAUAAGUUUGAAGCAAUUAUCCCCAUUCCUUUUUUAAUGGAGCUCAAACUUAUAUUUCUUUGUUGGCUCUUGCCUUCAAUUGGUGGCGGUCAUAAAUUGAUCUAUGAUGAAUUUAUCUAUUCCUUUCUAAAGCAAAAUGAGAAUUCUAUUGAUCAAGCUAUAAUUCGAGCUUCAAAAACAGGAAGUCAUCUGUUAGCCAAACUUCUGAAUUCAGUUUUCAACCAUUUGUUUACCGUAGGGGAAAGUUUUCUGUGCUUAAUACGACGAAAUCAACACACGGAGAUAGGCCAUCUCCGCUUGACCCCAAGCGUAGAGGUGAUUAUAAGUGAAAUAUUAGCCAAACGACGAAGCAACAAUAAAAACGGAUCCUCAUCCGAUCAGAGUAAAUUUGAUUUACUCCAAGAUGCAGACGAAGAUAAAAUGUCCGAGCAUAUCAAGGAGCAAAACUAUACGGACUCGGACAAUUUACUGGUCUAUAAAAUAACGCAACCACCACCAAAUCCGCCACCAAAGCCAAAAAAGAAGCAGUUGAGCGACACUGGCAUUCCCUCAAAUUUGGAUGGAAUUAUACAUGAGCGUGGAAUGGGCAGUGAAAUGGAAGUGGCCAAAUGAUGUACCCG